UGAGAAGCUCCUGACCUUGAUGUUAUGUCUCUCAUUGUUUUGUUUGCAGAGAAAGGGGGGGAAAAGAAAAUCAUGGACAGAGAACAAGAAGAUCUCCAGUUUUUGGGCUUCUUUGGGAUAUUCAAGGAGUCCUUCAAGAUCAUCUUCUCAUGGAGAAGAAUCUUCAGCCGAAUCACACUCUCCCUCAUACUCCCUCUAUCCAUCAUCUUCCUAGCUCACAUCCAAAUCUCCCACAUCCUUUUCUUCAAAAUCAUGUAUAACCAAGAAGCCCAGAACUACACCAGAAAAGAUAGCCCAAGAUAUGCCCAGCUCUCCGAUAUCAUCUCCUCCGAAUGGGUAGCCUUUUGCCUCUUCAAAUUCGUCUACUUCACCUUCCUGCUCAUCCUCUCCCUGCUCUCCACCGCCGCAGUUGUCUACACAAUCGCCUCCAUAUACACAGCAAAGGAAAUCACCUUUAGAAAGGUCAUGAGCGUUGUCCCAAAGGUCUGGAAGAGACUUAUGGUCACUUUCUUAUGGAGCUUCGCCAUCGUUUUGGUCUACAACAUCGCUUCCGGAGUGCUGUUCUUCUUAUGGGCAAUCAAUUUUGGAUUGUACGGGAUUGGAAUUGCCAUCUUUGUUUUCCUCUUCAUCUUAUACUUGGUGGGUCUCGUGUAUAUAAGCAUCGUUUGGCACUUGGCAAGCGUGGUGUCGGUGUUGGAGGAUUUGUAUGGGAUCAAAGCCAUGAUCAAGAGCAAAGGCUUGAUAAAGGGUAAGAUGGGUGUUGCAGUCGCCAUCUUUUUCAUGCUUGUUGUGCUUUUCAUAGGAGUUGAGUUAUUAUUUGAGAAUUUGGUUGUGCUUAAUUUGGCACGAAACAUAGGAAUUAGAAUCGGAAUCGGGAUUCUGAGUGUGCUGUUGCUAGUCCAGGUGUUUCUCUUUGGUCUUGUCAUCCAAACAGUGAUAUACUUCGUCUGCAAAUCAUAUCACCAUGAGAAUAUAGACAGGUCUUCUCUAGCAGAUCAUCUCGAGGUUUAUCUUGGGGAGUAUGUUCCUCUAACUGCCAAGGAUGUGCAACUUGGUGAAUUCCAAGUCUAGCAAUAAAUAUACAUAGUUGUUCUGAUGAUAUUGGAAGUGCUUUAAUGAGAUACAAUUGUAAUUUUGGAGAUUAAAUUUCAAUCAAUAUACCUAUAAAAGUGUGUUUGCUGUUUGCAGUCUGAGGAAGAUUGCAUACACGAUGUUCCUUAAAUAUUCACAUACAUGAAAUAAAUAGCUAGCUAGUUUUGCUUGCAAA